CGUCGCGCUGUUCAGUUGAGUCGAGGACCUCGCACGCUGCGUUCAACAUGGCGGCGGGACCGAUUUCAGAACGAAAUCAAGAUGCCACGGUUUAUGUGGGCGGUCUUGAUGAGAAGGUGUCUGAGCCUCUGUUGUGGGAGCUCUUCCUACAAGCUGGUCCUGUUGUAAACACACACAUGCCCAAAGACAGGGUAACAGGACAACAUCAAGGUUAUGGAUUCGUAGAGUUCCUCAGCGAAGAGGAUGCAGACUACGCCAUAAAGAUCAUGAACAUGAUCAAACUUUACGGCAAACCCAUACGAGUCAACAAGGCCUCGGCACACAACAAGAACCUCGAUGUCGGUGCCAACAUCUUCAUCGGCAACUUGGACCCUGAGAUCGAUGAAAAACUCCUCUAUGAUACUUUCAGCGCUUUCGGUGUGAUCCUUCAGACGCCCAAGAUCAUGCGAGAUCCAGACACGGGCAACUCCAAGGGUUACGCAUUCAUCAACUAUGCCAGCUUUGAUGCAGCUGAUGCGGCUAUUGAGGCCAUGAAUGGCCAAUAUCUCUGCAAUCGCCCCAUCACGGUUUCGUAUGCCUUUAAGAAGGACUCAAAGGGCGAGAGGCAUGGCUCUGCUGCAGAGCGACUCCUGGCCGCUCAAAAUCCACUGUCACAGGCGGAUCGUCCCCACCAGCUUUUCGCAGAUGCCCCACCACCACCCAGUAUGCCCACACCUGUCAUGACCACACUCGGGGGAGGAAUUCCAAUGCCAGGAAUGCCUCCGCCUGGUGCUUACCCUCCUGUUCCUCCUCCUGGCUCUAUGCCACUUGGUAUGCCCCCUGGCAUGCACAUGCCACCUGCUCCUGGAACUCCUUCACCAGGAGGUGGCUCAGGGCCUCCACCAGGGCCACCACCAUUCCCUCAUGGAGGAAUGCACCCACCAGGAAUGCCACCAAUGCCAAUGCCCCCAUCAGGACAUCCAGGAAUGGUGCCUCCGCCUGGAUCCAAUCAACCUCGAGCACCACCUCCACCCGGGAUGCCGCCGCCUCCUAUGGGUGUGCCACCAAGAGGACCAUUUGGCCCCCCAAUGGGUCCACCAAUGCAUCCAGGUAUGAGGGGACCACCUCCACCAAUGCCGCCUCCAGGUUACGGUGCCGGCCCACCCAGACCUCCACCCUUUGGCUUUCAGAGAGGACCACCCAUGCCACCACGUCCACCUGCACCUCCCAGGGGUCCAAUGAGAGCACCAAUGCCUCCCUAAAUACUUAUGUGAAGAGCUUUUUGAAACCUAGUUGUUUUUAUUUACAUUCUAUUCUUUGCUUUAAUAGAUGAGUCUCUUGUUUGUAUACAGAUUUCUGAAUUUUUGGUCACUGUACUUCUGCAGAACUAGCAAAGAAUAAAUCGUUUUAUAUA